AUGUCGUCUUUAAGGAAUGCCAUCCCGAGAAGGGCUCACAAGGAACGUGCCCAGCCACAUUCAAGAAGAAGAUUUGGGCUGCUCGAAAAGCAUAAGGAUUAUGUCGAGCGUGCGAGAGCUUACCACCAAAAGGAGCAGGCUAUCCAGAAACUUAAAGAAAAAGCCGCCUUUAGGAACCCAGAUGAGUUUUACUUCAAGAUGGUUAAAACAAAAAUGGUUAAUGGAGUCCACAGAUUGGAGAGUGAAGCAAACAAGUAUACUAAGGAAGAGCUCAUGUUGAUGAAGACUCAAGACAUUGGGUACAUUUUUCAGAAACUUCAGGCCGAAAAAAAGAAAGUAGAGAAGCUAAGUGGGAUGCUGCAUUGCCUUGACAACAGCUCGUUAAGCAAACAUGUUUAUUAUGCUGAAGACAGGGAUGAAGCCAGAGAACUACAAUCUAAGGUUCAGGAAAAUCGAGGAAACCCUUCUUUGAAGGACUUGCCUAAGGAUAUCCAAAGAAAAAUGGCUGCAUCCUACCGGGAGCUGGAAGUUAGGAAAAACAGAGUGAAGGAGCUAGAGAAAAUCCACAUGGAUAUGUCUAUGCAGAAAGAAUUGCAGAAAAAGGGCCGAAAGCGCAAGCUUCGUGAAAAUGAAAUUGUUUCUCCAGUCUCUAGACCUGUGUACAAGUGGCGGCAGGAAAGAAAACGCUAA